GGAUGGUCCAAAGAAAGCUUGGGCCGCGCUGCCACCUCGCCUAAAUAAAACACUCUCCCACGCACACCACCACCCACCACUGCGCCCCCUGCUGCCCCUCCCUCCUCAGUCCAGUCCCAGUCCCUCCUCACUAGCGGAGCUAAUUGGACUGCUCACUAGCUCGGCUCAGCUGUAAGGAGUUGGGGCAGAGGCCGCCAGGGAGAACGAGAGAGUAAGAGGGCGGCGUUCAGCUCAUCAGCUGAGCUGAGCUGAACUUGGGAGGUGAGAGGGGGAGCUUGAAGGAGGAGGCGGAGGAGGAAGGGAGGCGAGGCGUCGAAGAUGAUUACGGGGGCGGACUUCUACCACGUGAUGACGGCCAUGGUGCCGCUGUACGUGGCGAUGAUCCUCGCGUACGGGUCGGUGCGGUGGUGGCGCAUCUUCACGCCGGACCAGUGCUCCGGGAUCAACCGCUUCGUCGCGCUCUUCGCCGUGCCGCUGCUCUCCUUCCACUUCAUCUCCACCAACAACCCCUACACCAUGAACCUGCGCUUCAUCGCCGCCGACACGCUGCAGAAGCUCAUGGUGCUCGCCAUGCUCACCGCCUGGAGCCACCUCAGCCGCCGGGGCAGCCUCGAGUGGACCAUCACGCUCUUCUCCCUCUCCACGCUGCCCAACACGCUCGUCAUGGGCAUCCCGCUGCUCAAGGGCAUGUACGGCGACUUCUCCGGCAGCCUCAUGGUGCAGAUCGUCGUGCUCCAGUGCAUCAUCUGGUACACGCUCAUGCUCUUCAUGUUCGAGUACCGUGGCGCAAGGAUGCUCAUCACCGAGCAGUUUCCGGACAACGCGGGGGCCAUCGCCUCCAUCGUCGUCGACCCGGACGUCGUCUCGCUCGACGGCCGGAGGGACGCCAUCGAGACCGAGGCGGAGGUCAAGGAGGACGGCAAGAUACACGUCACCGUGCGCCGCUCCAACGCCUCGCGCUCCGACAUCUACUCGCGCCGCUCCAUGGGCUUCUCCAGCACCACGCCGCGACCCAGCAACCUCACCAACGCCGAGAUCUACUCGCUGCAGUCGUCGCGCAACCCGACGCCGCGGGGCUCCAGCUUCAACCACAACGACUUCUACUCCAUGGUCGGCCGCAGCUCCAACUUCGGCGCCGCCGACGCCUUCGGCAUCCGCACCGGCGCCACGCCGCGCCCGUCCAACUACGAGGACGACGCGUCCAAGACCAAGUACCCGCUCCCCGUCGUGAAUGCGGCGCCCGGGGCGGGCCACUACCCCGCGCCCAACCCGGCGGUGGCCACGGUGCCCAAGGGCGCCAAGAAGGCCGCCACGAACGGGCAGGCCAAGGGCGAGGACCUCCACAUGUUCGUCUGGAGCUCCAGCGCGUCGCCGGUCUCGGACGUCUUCGGCGGUGGCGCGCCGGACUACAGCGACGCCGCGGCCGUCAAGUCCCCCCGCAAAAUGGAUGGAGCGAAGGACAGGGACGACUACGUGGAGCGCGACGAGUUCAGCUUCGGGAACAGGGGCGCGAUGGACAGGGACGCGGAGGCAGGGGACGAGAAGGCCGCGGCGGGGGCUGGCGCCGACCCCAACGCGGUGGCCGCGCCGACGGCGAUGCCGCCCACGAGCGUGAUGACCCGGCUGAUCCUGAUCAUGGUGUGGCGCAAGCUCAUCCGCAACCCCAACACCUACUCCAGCCUCAUCGGCCUCAUCUGGUCGCUCGUCUGCUUCAGGUGGAACUUCGAGAUGCCUGCCAUCGUCCUGAAAUCCAUCUCCAUCCUGUCGGACGCAGGACUUGGGAUGGCCAUGUUCAGUCUCGGGCUGUUCAUGGCGCUGCAGCCGCGGAUCAUCGCGUGCGGGAACAAGGUGGCGACGUUCGCCAUGGCCGUGCGCUUCCUGACCGGACCGGCCGUGAUGGCGGCCGCGUCCUUCGCCGUGGGCCUCCGGGGCACGCUUCUGCACGUCGCCAUCGUCCAGGCAGCUCUGCCCCAGGGCAUUGUCCCCUUCGUCUUCGCAAAGGAGUACAACGUGCACCCUGACAUUCUCAGCACUGCGGUCAUUUUUGGCAUGCUCAUCGCCCUGCCCAUCACGCUCGUCUACUACAUCCUGCUCGGGCUGUAAGCGCCAACCGCCAUUGCUGUAAAAAAGAGAAGACUACCACCACCCAAGAUCCGGGGGAGGCAAAAGGACGACAGAGCUGCAGCGACACUGCUUGGCGCUUGCAAAAUGAGUGACUUGUUUCUUUCUUUUUUCUUGUUUCCCCUUUCUUUCUUUUUUCCUAGAAGUAGGUGUGGGGAUUGGGAGGAGGGAAAGGGUGGAGGUGGACAAGACGUUAGCUAGCUAGGACGACAAUGGUGAGGCAAAAGGCACCAAAAGCAGGUACAAGUACAAAGCUUGAAGGCAACAGGGGAUCAUCCGGUUUCAGCAGGCCACGGGGCGGGGGGUUCGAUGAGGUUUCUCAGCGGGUUUGUUUUGGGGAUUUUGGUUGGCCGCGCUGACCGCUGUAAAAUGGACGCCGUUUCUGACGAGAGGUCGGUCUUGCUUUGCUCAUCUCACGAGUUUGAUGGAUUGAGAUGCUAUUGUCAUCAGUUUUCUUGGUAA